AUGCCGGACCCACCGUCUGAAGCAGGCGCGGAAGCCAGGACAAGUGAGGAAACCUCGAAGGAGGAAAAGGCUGAUCCAGAGGCCACACCAGCUGGGAAGAAGAGGCCACAGAACAAACCGAACAAGCAAAGCGCUGAUGCGAAGCGUGCAAAGAUCGCCAAGGGUGUGGCCAUUGCUGCAGGUGACCGAGGCGUCUACUUCACCACAAUGCAUUCAGGUGGCGUUGACAAGGCAAAACGAGAACUUCAGCAGUUGCUUGAAAACUACAAGGUUUCAGAAGCAUCAGAAGCUGAAGGGUCAGAAGUUAAAGAUUCCUCGAAGAUUGUCUUCACCCCAUGCUCCGAGGCAACGAAGGGCAUGGGUUUUUUUGAAGAUGAUGAAUGGAGCUCCAAUCCCUUCCGAGGUGGUGAGUCAAGUUCUGGAAACGCAGAGGGCAAGCUUUCAGAGCACAGGUCGGCGGAGAGCGGAGGAGUUGUUAGAUGUUGUCGUGUUAAAAGUUCAAACCUUCAAGCAUGA